AUGAUGGACAUGAAUAUGGGCGGAUCGACCAUGACAUCCAUGGCGAUGCCAAUGGCAACUUCAGCCGGUGCAGCUUCGGGAGACAUGUCGAGCAGCAGCAUGUCCAUGUCGAUGGCUGACAUGACCAUGACAUUCUUCCAAUCCGUAACAACGCCGCUCUACUCGGACGCGUGGAUGCCAGGAAACAAAGGCCAAUACGCCGGCAGCUGCAUCUUCCUCAUCAUCCUCGGCUCCAUUCUCCGCAUACUCCUUGCCCUUAAGCCCGUACUGGAGGAGCGUCUCUCGAGGAAUACGACCACGCACACCACCCAAGUCACCGAAAGUGCCAAGGAUGCAGAGAGUGGCGAGGCCGGGAAAGCCGGUGUAGUCGUCAGGACAGACGUCGUUCAAGGAUGGAAGGGGUGGCGGGCUGGCCCCGCGGCGGCAAGGGCCACAUUCGAAGUCAUUGUUGGGGGUAUUGGUUACCUGCUGAUGCUGGCUGUCAUGACGAUGAAUGUCGGGUACUUUCUCUCUGUUCUGGCCGGCAUAUGGCUGGGAACAUUCCUUAUCGGCGGCUUAGCCAGCAAUGCCCCGGUCAUUCACUGCUAG